GGGUGCCAUAGUGAACGCCUUGUAUGCGGCUUUCGAGUGAGACAGAGCUGAACUGAAGGCUGCAGAGAAAAACGGAACGGUGACAAAUCCCGUGAUCUAGCCGCUGUAUUCUCACUUUGUACCGACUGUUGGUGUGUGUGGAGACCGGAGUGAUGGCUAACCGCUCUCUGUGGUCACUGUGCCUGCUGCUGGCGCUGCUGCUGCCGCUGGAAGUCCUGUCUCAGGACUUGAACCUGGCUGAUGCCCUGGAUGAUGACAGUAAACCAGCGACUCCUUCCCCAAAGCCACCAAAACCAGCAGCACCAGGCGGGGGAACAGGAGGAGACUUUAAUCUAGAGGAUUUACUCAAUACCGAUGGCACCACCACCACUACCACCAAAGUCCCACCCAAGGUUGUGCCCAAAGUCCCCGCAGGUACCAAGGCCCCAGUCAAGCCCAAUCCCAAGCCAGCUGCUGAUGACUUUGACCUGGCUGAUGCCUUGGACCCCAACAAUGACAUUGGUGGCAAGGAUAAGAACAAGGGGCAGGGAGGUGGAUUUAGUGAUGAUGAUCUGUUUGGUGUUGCUAAAGAUGAUAAAUACAAACCUGACAAAGGCAAAGGUGACCGUCCAAGUGGUGGUGAUCAAAAUUACCAUGAUGAUACCAAUGAGCCGGCUGCAGAAGUGGGCACUAUUGCAGGGAUUGCUAGUGCAGUUGCUAUGGCGCUGGUGGGUGCAAUCAGCAGCUACAUCUCCUACCAGAAGAAGAAGCUGUGCUUCGGUAUACAACAGAGCCUGAAUGCUGACAUGGUGAAGGCUGAGAACCCCGAGGCUGUGGUGGCUACAGAACCACAAGUCCAACAGACUCUUCUGGAGCCACCCAAUGCUGAACCUCCCUCUGCAGAGAAUACUGUGUAACACACACACUCAGACAUACACACACAAAGGUCACCCACCUACAUGCGCUCUUUCCCAAACACCCCCCCUCCCCCCACCUACCUAAUCCCCAUGCACACACACAGACACAGACACACACACACACACACACAUACACUCACACAUGCUACAGGAUAGACCCUCUGUUGUGUAGCAUGUCCUUGUUGAUCCUGCAGCUCAGUGCUGCAGAAGUUGGGAUUUGUAGUCCUUCUGCGCUGAAUGUGAACAGAUUUUUUUUAAUUCUCUGCUAUAAACAUGGCCGACAGUGUAUCAAACCUUGCCAAAUGUAUGUGUACAUAGUUAUUUAUUGUUUACUAUUUGAACACCACUAACAAUGUUGAUAUACAGUUAUCCAGCCUUUAGCAUGUACUCUGGGGUUUCUCUGCUGUGAGCUGGGGCUUUAGUCAUAGCAUUUUGCUGAGCUCUAGACUCACAGUGAAGCUGGAUUAUUGGGAAAAAAGGCAGUUAAUUGUAUUAUAUGUUGGAGAAAGAAACUCCUCUGGGAAUCUCUGGGUGUGUCAAGCCUCUUUGAGUUCACAGGAGGUCAGUCAGUGUUGAGUGUACUGGAUUUCAGGUGGAUUAGUUAGCUAAUUGAUUGAAGUGUGAGACACUGAUGGACUCACAGUAUGAUUCCAGCUGAGCUUCUGGUGAACCAGGGAGCGCUGUGAGACACACCCACUGUUUCUUCUUCUUUUCUUUUAGAUGGAUGAAAGUUGUGAAUUGCAAUCAGCGAUAUUUCAUUUCCUGACUUUGAAUGGUAUACAACCGUUUACCCCCCUUUGACACAUAGCCUAACUGUUUCUUUGUGGCAAGUCAUUGAUGUUACUUUUGUAAAUGAUGGACAUCCAAUUUCAACUGGAGCAACACUUUGGAGAAUCCAUGACUUGGAGGUGUGUCUUUGCUCUCCACAUGAGUAGAGAGUAAAUGAAAAAUGUGACAAUAUUCCCCAGAUUUCUAUUCAAAGCUUUGUAGCAACUGAUUAUGUAAUCACUUUUGAAAUGUUGUGAUAAGAUGUGUAAAUGGUCAGAUAAGGUAGUCAGCCUUUAUCACAGUGGCCAGUUAAUGUUAAAGGCAAACUAAAGGCAAGGCACAUACUCAUUCUACGGAAGCUGAGAAGGGACAUGCUAUUAAUUUUUUUUUAUCUGAAUGAUGUCAUCUCAAGAUCAGGAUUUAAUUGUUCUGGUAUCUCUUUGGUAGUCUUUUCUAAUGACAACAAGUUAAUUUAUGUUGAUUCAACGGUCCACUUGACUGUAAUAUACUUAGCCUGUGAUCUCAAGAAAACUAAAGGCCAAAUUUUAUAGAUAAUUUAUCAUGAGAGAAUGACUUUAGUUUUCUCAUGAUUACAGGAUAAUUAUGGAAACAUCAGCUGACCUGACCGCAGCAUUAUUAUCUUGUGAUCUUGAGGGGAAAAAAAGAUUUUAUCAUUAUAAAUUAUUUUGUUAUCUUAAGACAUUGACUUUUUUUUUUUUUUUUUUUUUGAGAAUCGGCAUAAAUUAAGUAGUUAUCACAAGAAAACACGCUUUGUUAUCUCAAGGUACCAAAAAUAAUUAACUUGCAAUCUUAAGAUUACAGCAAUGAAGUAAAAAAAUGCAAGCAUGGCCGUUUUUGGCUUCCGCACCUGGAACUGAAGUUACAUCAUGAAAUAAAAAUUAUUAGGUUUUAAUCAGCGUUUAUGAUAAUAAUGCUGUUUCAUACGUUAAUAUUCAUUAAAUGAAGUUUCCCAAGAAGUUUACUUACAUUUUGACCCACAUGCAACACGUGUUGCACUUAAAUGGGCUCCACUAUUAACUAUUAAGUCCAUUAUUAUGACAUGGCUAAUAGAACUGGACUUACUACAGGUAACUACUGUUUACAUAGCGUAAUAAAUACAUCAUUAGUUGCUACACCGUCCUCAUGUUGUCCAUCUUGAUGUACAAAGAUGCCUUAUUCAGAUUUGGAUCUUUUUGCUGUGGGGAAACAAAAUAAGGCGUCCAAACAUUUCUGUCUACUUACAACCUGUGAAUUUUUAUAGUGUAAAUAUAUUUCAGUUUUUUUUUCAACUAGCCUUUAAUGACAAUGCCUAAUGAAGGGAGCCUGGCUUGGUUUUCCAAAGUGGUGAUGGUGAAAUAAUUGUGAUGAAUAGCCGUCAGUGAGCCACCCAGCAGUAAGCAGUAAGUCUUUAUGUAAAGGACUGAGAGGUUGGAGUUCAAAAGAAAAAUUAAGUUCAGAAGAAAAGUUUUUUCACCAUACUUGUAGCAUAAAAGUGAUGCUAGCUAAAUCAGUUCCACUGCAGUUAGAGCUUAAAAAUGCACAGCGCAUACUUCUUUUUCUCUGAUCAUUUGGAAGGGAUCUUCUUCAGUAGGAAGCUGUUAGAAAAAAUGAAAGCCUCAGCACUUUGUUUCCAGAAAAAGCAGGCUGUGACGAGGCUCGUGGAUAGGCAGAUAAUCUGUGAAAUGUGACUUUUUGUUGAAGGUACAGUUGCUACAUUCAGAAGCUAAUAUUGUUUGUGCUAUGUUUUAUUGUGUUGGCAAUAAGGUGCCAGUGUGUGCAGGAACUCUGGAUUGCUCUUUAUUCCAUGGUGGCCAUUUUAAUUGUACAUCGUUGUGAUGAGUUCUAUGGGAAGGAUGUGUGUGUGUGUGUAAAAGUAGUAUUAUGUCAACACAAACAGAUAAUAGAUCGUGUAGACCAGAUAGUUAUUAGCCCAAGUAUACACUGAUAAAAACAAACAAGGAAAUCCUGUGGAGUUUUUCUGUUAAGUUAACAUCUAGUUUUUCUGAAACAUGUCACCAUGAAGCCUAACAAACAUGUUAAAUGCAUCAUCAUAAAACAUAAGCUAUUUUUUGGUGCGUUGUAGCCAAAUAUACACCAGUAGAACAGCAAACUGUUAGCAAGAAUAUGAAAAGUAUAACUGCAUGCACAUGAUACUAAUAAAAUGGGGACACACUCUUAAAAACUUUGCUGCAUAGCACUACUAUACAGUAGUCAAAACUCCACUGGAUACCCUUAACCUGAUCACUCUCCUAACUGGGGAUGCAUGAUAUUAUUGGCAUGUCAUCUGCUAAUACUGGCUAUAAAAUGUGAUGUUAUCCUCUCUUGAUCUGCCGACCCACAUAAACUCAACUGUUAAGCUAGCUAACAGCCAGGGAGCUAAAGCCCACACUAGUUAAAUGUUGCUAAAGUAGCUAGCUAGAUGCUAGGGGGCAUAUCCAUGUGGUAUAUUGAGCCCCUGGGUGUGAAGACAAAAGUGACCUGUUCUGAGCAGCAACACUGGAAGGCUGCUGUUACAGCUUUUUUUUUUGGCUGUAUCCCAUUGGUCAGUCACUGCGUUAAGUGAGCUUGAUUGACAGAUGUGUUCUGGGAAGGUUUCACAGCCA